GGUCGGGCAUGGCAGAGAUGCGGCCGGGGCCGGCGGCGGGUCUGCAGCUCAGCGCGCUGCCCGACCACUCCCCGCUGCUGCAGCCCAGCCUGGCCGAGCUGCGGCGCCGGGCCCGGGCAGCGGGCGCUCCGCCGACGCCUCUGCCACUCACCGACUCCUUCCUGCUGCGGUUCCUGCGCGCCCGGGAUUUCGACCUCGACCUGGCCUGGCGGUUACUGAAAAAUUAUUAUAAGUGGAGAGCAGAAUGUCCAGAAAUAAGUGCAGAUCUGUGCCCUAGACGUAUUCUGGGACUUCUGAAGGCUGGUUACCUUGGAGUCCUGAGAGCCAGAGAUCCCACUGGCAGCAAAGUUCUUAUUUACAGAAUUGCACAAUGGGACCCAAAAGUUUUCACAGCUUAUGAUGUUUUUCGCGUAAGUCUAAUCACAUCCGAGCUUAUUGUACAGGAGGUAGAAACACAACGGAAUGGUAUCAAGGCUAUCUUUGAUCUAGAAGGCUGGCAGUUUUCUCAUGCUUUUCAAAUCACCCCAUCUGUAGCCAAGAAGAUUGCUGCUGUUCUUACAGAUUCCUUUCCAUUAAAAGUUCGUGGUAUCCAUUUGAUAAAUCAGCCAAUAAUUUUCCAUGCUGUCUUUUCCCUGAUUAAACCAUUCCUGACUGAAAAAAUUAAGGAACGGAUUCACUUGCAUGGGAACAAUUACAAACAAAGCUUACUUCAGCAUUUCCCAGACAUUCUUCCUCUGGAAUAUGGUGGUACAGAAUUCUCCAUGGAGGGCAUUUGUCAGGAGUGGACAAAUUUUAUAAUGAAGUCUGAAAAUUACCUCAGCAGCAUUUCACAGAUCAGUCAAUGAGAAGAAGUUACUUAAUGUCAAUGACUUCCUAAUUAUAAAUACAUGAGUGAGAUCCUACGUGGUUAUAUGAAUGAAAGAAAAAAAAUCCUUUAAGCUAAUUAACAUUUUUCUGAUUGAUCUUUUAAAAUGUAAAACUCUUCUGACAUGAGCAACAUGGAUAUUUGGGAAACUUCUUGACUUUUUAAAUGUAUUUUCUGUAUCUUUCAAGUAGUUAAAUGUUAGUACACCUUAAAACUAUAGAAAGGAUUCCUGAUUUUUAUACUUGAAAGUAUCUCCUAAAGUAGCUAUUUCUGGAAAGUUUCAUUUUCAACAAGUUAUCUUGACUACAUUGGUUUAGUAAUAAAUGUAUACAUGGUCCACUGAAAAGAAGAAUUAGCACAAAUCAACUGAUGAUGAAAAUCUAUUAACACCCAUUUUGGGUGGAUGUCAGAUUAGAUUAUAAUUCAGAUUAAAAUCUGAAUACAGUUUUACAGAGUUAUUCUGUGGACCAGCAAGAUAGUUCAUCUCAGGGAAGUUCUAUUUCAGCAUAUUUACACAAUGGAAACUCUUGAUUGAGGAGUCUAUACACCAUAAACUAUUAUAUGUAGCAUCUAGACCUUUUUAUGAAAUUACUCAUGUUGAUACAA